GUUUGCAGAUAGAAAAGACGUGUGUGAGUGUACUAGGAUGGCUGCAUCAAAAGAAGGUUAACCUUGACAACAAAAAGAGGGUCAACCAAGAAGAUGAUCAAGAUGGUGUCUGUUGUUCCACGUCUGCUCCUGCUCUGCUUCUUCGCAGUAAGUGCUGCAGCCGAGUCAGCCUCGGAUGAAUAUGUCCUGAGAACGGCACACUGGGCGAUCUGUGAGCGUGCAUUAAGGGGCGAAGAAGAACAAGGACCGAGAAGUCGCAGUAGUCGGAUAUCAGGAUUAGAGUCUUCCAAUGCCUCUUGUGCAAGUAAGCCAUGUGGAUGUGCAGGUUGUCUUGUCAGCGCUUUAGCAGGAACGUUACAGAACUUGCAGCUUGAUCAUGUCAAGAGUCGCAAAGUAGAUCACGUCGCAGAAAAAGGACAAGAACAUUAUGUGAGGAAACAAGUAGUACAAGACCAUAAUUAUCGAAGAAGCUCUACUGGUUCUGCCGCUACUGCUGCUGCUGCCGCCUCUUCUCCACUUCCUAUGCAGACUAAAUUGGAAGCUAUUGCGGUCAACCACCC